CGGUUCGGUUCGUGUGUUGUGCGUUCGCCGUGCGCCUCUUUUGUUGGUCUUUAUUUUUGUUGCAUUUCUUUUCUGGGUUUUACUUUAUUUUGCACGGCAAGACGGUGGUGUAUUUUUUUGUUUCGCCGUGUGAGGUGCUGCGCGUUUCCAGUGAUCGCGAAGGAAAAGCAUUUCGUGAUCGCGCUCUGAGGCUCUGAGAGCAUAUUCCGCGGCCGCGAUCGCGUUCGCGUGUGUGCAUUAUUUACCACAAUUAUUUCGAAAUUCCCAACUGUGUAGAAAGUGUCGUUAGAAAAGAAACUAUAGUGAACCGGGUAACUAGUGACGAUUCGACUGUGGUGCCACCCACCAGGUCCAGUAAUUUCGGGAGGCAUUCCUUCCCCCGGGGUAAAUAAUGACCGGUCGCUGCCGUCGGCCCAAUGAAUUGGCAGCGACUUAGUGAUAAACUUUCACCGCUCAAAAUGAUGACCACCACCAAGAAGGUCGACUACCUGUCGACCACUCCGACCUCGGCCACGACCCCAUCGUCCACCAGCCAGCCGGACAGUCUCGAUCUGGACUACGACAUGUGGCAGGGCCAGUUCGAGUUCGUCGGCGGACCGGCCCCGCAGCCGGGCGGGGUCCCGGCCAUGAUCGGGAAACAGUCACGCACCUCUAGUCUGGAAGAUUUGCGCCUAAACGGGUACAUCCCGCCCGAUCAGCCGGUGCUGAUCGACGAGGAAACGUUCCUCAGUCUGCACCCGCACGACUUCCCGUCGUCCGGGCCGCAGUCGGGCUUUUUCCUGGACGAAAUGGGCGGCGAAGGGCAGCCGCCAUCGCAGCUCAACAACAACCACAGCAGCACUACGACUGCGCAGAGCAACAUACUCAACAUCAAGCUGCUCAACAACAAGACGAACAACCUCAUCAGCUCGGUCAUUAUCGAGGAAAAGAACGCCAAAAACAAUCUGAUCAACAGCAACCUGAAGCUGAUCAACGACAACCCGGAGCUGGGCAACAAGUACAUCCUGAAGGCCAGCCACAACGGGAGCAGCAAAAUGAACGAUCUAAUCAAAACAGACCUAUGUGAUAAUCUAAACGAACAACUCGAAAUACUACAACGGCAAGUCACCAAUCUGGCGGACACGCAGAGCAAUGUCGACGAUCGUACGAGUAGAACCAAAACGGAAUAUGCUGUCCUGCAGGCCCGCUACCACAUGCUGGAGGAGCAGCUGAGAGAGACUGAACUGCGGGCCGAAGAACGGCUAACGCAGGAGCAGAAGCGCCACCGGGAGCUGCUGGCGCGUGUCGAGCGGGAGGCCAAGCUGCAGAAUGAGAACUGCCAGAUCCGGAUACGAACGAUGGAGGUGGAGGUCACCAGCUUGCGGGACGAGAUCCAGCGAUUGCGCUCCCAAAGCGACAAACAGGCGGGCGAUCUGCACGCCACGGAGGAGAAGCUGGAGAAAACGCGCGACUCCCUGAUGACGGCGCAGCAGGACCUGGCCGAAGCGAAGGCGGAAGAGAAGAAACACCGAGCGGAUAAGCAAGCGGCCGAAGAGCUGAUGGUCGAGCUGGGCAAGGAGUGUGAACGUUUGCGGACGGAGCGAGGCCCAGCCCUGCCCACGACGUCACCCGAAUCGCUGCGGCUCGAAGAGCUGCACCAGGAGAUGGACGAGCUGCGCCAGAAGAACAAAAGUCUCGAAGAGUCCAACGAGGAGCUGCAGGCCAUGAUGCUGACGCGCAGUAUCGAGGAGGGGCGCAAUCUGCUCAACGGCCCCAGCAACAGUUUGGCCCAGGAGCUGGAAGCGAUGAGCCAGAAUCAGGAUUCCGUUGAUUCGUCCACUUUAGCGUCAUUAACACAGCUGCAGGUGGCGUUCCAGGAAAAGGAGGACGAAAACCGACGACUCAAGCACUACAUCGACACCAUGCUGCUGAAUGUGGUCGAGAACUAUCCCCAGCUGCUGGAAGUGAAAGCGGUGUGAACCGUCGGCGGCGGCCAGAGAGCCGUUUCAACCGAAGCGUUUAGUAACUUUUUUAGACUCUACGAUUCGCGUUACUCAUACUCCUAGGGCGCUCACUCGCAGGUGUUUAAGGUCCUGGCGCUCGCUCCCCGGUGUGUAAUACUAUAGGGCAGGACAGAGCGACAGUCGGAAGCGCGAUAUAACAUUGCCGCCAGCCGGGGGAGCCCAGCGGCCAUGAUGUGUAACGUACGUAAUGUGGACGAACAGUAAGCAAUAUUCGUAAAUUUAUAUUUUACAUAAUAAUAAUUUAAGUACUCGUGGCGUCGUGUAAACAAAGGAAGGAUGUGAAGGAGUUUUUCGUAAAGAAACGUGUAGGGUACCGUUGCGAACCAGGCACUCAGAGGUGCGCGUGCGCGCGGUUAACGAUUUGGAACUGCAAAAACCAACAACGAUCGCCUUUCACAAAACAAACCUGAACCACCAUACGGGCGCGCAUACUAGAAGCACUUACUUGAACCGUGAUAACCCCAACAGAUAGCCUUCUACUAUUACAUUUUUGACCUUAAAAUGUUUGUUUUGUUUUAACUUAACGUCGACGCGCUCGGUUGUUACACAGGUUGCAGAGGGAUUAGAAAACAGGGAAAUGGAACAGGUCGAAAUAGAACGGUGCUGUUUGUGUUUGGCCGUGUAUUGAAGGCCAGCACCUGGAAACCUUUAGCCAAGAAAAUGCUUUUACGGAGUGAGAUGCUAUGUUAUGGUCUAACAGUCGAUUGACGAGAUCCUAAGUUAACUCCAGAGAGCUCCAUACACUUCACAGCGCUUCGCUUCUGGUCUGGCCUCUUGUUUGGAAAGGCGUCAUGUAAAACUCUACUAUAAAUUAAGACCUAGUAAAUUUUAGAGCAAACCCACUAGCUAAAAAGAGGUAUAAACUCGUUUCAAAGAAGAAUAUUUCUUGUUGAUUAUGAAUAGAGCAGGUUUUUGAUAAAAAUUCUUUUGAACCACAAUGAAAAUCGAAGAAAAGAUGUUCGUGAGCAACAACUUGAUCACCAAUUUCGCGUUCCGUCGUUGCAAAAACCUUCACAUUGUUUGGAAGUUUGUAUUUACAAUGGUUUGCCCGCCAGAGUUUUUUUUAGCAGACUCGAAUUGUGCGAAAAAGAACUCUAUUCCUCGUGUAACGGAUGGACAGUGAAGAAGCAAAUCAAUGUGUUACGAGUAGCGGGCGACUGUUUCCCCUCAAUGCCGUUGGUGCAACACGAUGCGGGAACGGGAUCAUACCAUUUUAAACGCAUGGAUGCCAAAAUAGCGUUCUACUAAAAAAAACCCCAACUGUAUUACAAACGUAGAAAUGGAAAAUAAAAAC